UGACCGUUACACCCCAUUGUGUAUUUAGCGCUUGAUCAGUUUAAUGAAAAACCUUCUUCUGAGUUUACAGUUAAUUACACGGGCGGUCUACCACUGUGUGACCUGGAAAAAUCUCCACGCAUGAUAUAUCCGGACAAAAUAGAAAUUGGAAGAAUUAUGUGACAGUUGGUACGCGGUGUACGUACGAACGACUGUGGAGGACUGGCACGUACACAACGUCAAGCUGACUAGCGUAUAACAUGUACGAUUCUAUUCUGAUUGGUUGGGAGUCUGGAGGGCACGACUGCUGAUCUAGUCUGAUCCGACCUGCACAGUGUAAAGAAAUAUCAGUAUUGUUCUGCAUAUUCCACAACUUUGCCUAAAAAAGCUAACUGCACUGUAUACUGAACACUUCUACCGCACUCGCCUGGCACCUGUAGGCCUUAUUGUGAAAAACCGACCAUGAUGAUACGAACCCACGGAGGAAGGAAUCAUGAUAUAGGAGUGAAUGACACUUGACAGGAUGCCUGUGGGCUGUAGAAUCCGUGAUCUUUCGAAGCACAGAACAAUAUAACUCAAUGACAUAGUUAACAAACAAGUGGUACCGACGGGAAAAAAACGUACAACCUGCUGUACAGUGUACAUGUGUACACGGAGCAUUCGUCACUUUUUCAGCGCGUGUUACCCUGAAUAUGUCAUCUCCGGUUGUUGUUCGUCGUGUGAAUUAUUGGGCCGUCCUUGUCAUAACCGACAGCCGGACACUGGAACCUAUAAACAGCUGUAAAAAGUUGGGAAACAAUGCGUUGAGUCUCCUAAAACCUUCACAGACUGUUUACCUGUAAACACACAUUCCUGAGCCCUGUUCCUGACUCCUGAGUUUGUAUGUAGAUAACAUCCCGAGUGAUAAGAGUUAGCAAGGACAACCCGGUUGACUCUGGACUACUUCACCUGCGAGUUCAAAAGGUUUAUCAGGAUCAUCGGGCCUCAACAGUGUGUUUCACUUAGUUCACUCACCGGGCCGAUAUUUCGUAUUGCUUUCAGUUUCUGUUAAGGUGAACUUGGAACUUGGAACUUGAAAGGCACUGUUGUGGUUUUGUGUUACAUUAAUGUUAACACGGAACGCUCGAUACCCGGAAGAGAACAACCCAUCAGGCCAGGCCUAGGCUGCCUGACAGUUUCAUUGCCAGUGACAGAUAGUGUUUACGUCUGAGUGUGCUUUCAGUUCUUGUUGGUGCAGUUGCAACUGAUCAUUUCGAAAAUAUCUUGGUGAUAAUUACUGCAUCGUUGGAAUCAACAAAAUUAUUUCCCUUCGUUGAGUGAGUUUACAGUUUCAGCUUAUCAGUACACAACUGGAAAUAAUUAUGGAUGAGGAGAGUGUGAUGGAUUCCGUGAUGGAUAACUCCACGGAAAGCCCACCGUUCGAGUUUAGCGACUACACCCAGAGAGUCAUAGUCGCCACUAUGUUCCUGAUCGCCUUCGUCGUGGGAACCAUAGGCAACUCGCUGGUGAUCUUGGCCGUGCUGCUGUCCAAAAAGCUCCGCACGACCACCAACGCCUUCGUGGUGAGCCUGAGCAUUGCGGACCUUCUGACCUGCCUGGUCAUCCCGUGGAAUGCCGUGGCACUGCUCGGUAAAGAUGGCCUGCCAGUUGGCGAGUGGAUCUGCAGUAUUGUCGCCAUCGCUCAGGCCACGACGGUCGGCUGCAGCCUGUACAUGCUGGCCUCCAUCGGCCUGAACCGCUUACUGCUGAUCACCCGAGCCUCGACCACCUACCGGGUUAUAUUCACGCCGAGAAAGAUUGCAGUCUGGCUGCUCCUCAUUUGGCUCAUCCCUCUACUGAUUGUUCUGUUACCGCCAGUCUUGAAUGUGGGGGCUGUCGGCUUCAACCCCAAAUACCACACUUGUGGGUCCAUCUCAUCCCACCCUAAAUCCAAUUACUAUGAUCUCAUCAUUGUAGGCACCCUGUACCCCAUCCCUCUCCUGACUUUACUCGUCUGUUAUAUUCUCAUCUGGAGGCACCUGUACCUCCACGCCAAGAGGAUGGUCUCAUCACCAGAGGCUUCCUUUGACUCAACAGACAACCGGCUGUCCGUGGUGUCUAAAUCAGUGGUUACCAUAAACAGUAACCACUCCCACCAGUCCCGUCAUUCCCACCAUCACCUGCCCACUUCUCCAAGCCGCUCAGGUACCGUCAGCCGGUCGCGGAUGAGCAGGCGCCAGACUGAGAUCACCAAGAACAUGUUCUACAUCGUCUGCGGUUUCAUGUUGUGCCUGACGCCCUACGCCAUCUGCCUUUUCUUCGACGACAGCGACCCUGUCCUUCCCUACGCUGCCGCCAUUCUGUUCAUCAAUAGUUGCAUCAACCCGUUCAUCUAUGCUACCAAGCAUCCGCACUUUAAGACGGUCUUUGGUUGCAUCUUUCGCCGGCAGUGGGACCACAUCCCAGAUCCCUCGGAUUCUCUGAAGGCCCUCAGAAGCAGAUGCAGUUGUGGGAGGAGUAGCGUGUACGCAUGAGUGUAGCUGUGAACAAAUGAAACAUUUCGCAACUUUAUCGCAUGUUGAUCUUUUGCUGGUUUCUACCUGACUGACUGUCACUUGUGAAUUGGACUUGCUUUAGCCUCGCCUUCGCCCAAACAUUGAAUUUGACUCAGAUGAUUACCUAUAUAGGCCCCUUAAAGCAAAUUGGCCUGAGCCAGCUUUACUGGGCUUGCCAAACUUGGCUGUAAACUGAGUGAUUGUGAAGUUAGGUUGAACAGCUGACAUUUAAUAUAGUACUAAAUGUAUAAACUAUAAUACACGGAUUCUUUGUUAACAUUCACAACUCUCCAUUUUGUAUAACGUGUAUGAAUAAUGUAUAACAGAUGCAUGUUAGAUAGCAAAGCUUAUAUUUGAAAAAGUUUUAAAAGAAACAAAUAUGUUUGAAAAACCGAACCAAACUCUGUUGUAAUUGCAUGCGGGCCUUAUUACGUAUCGCAACCAAAUGUGAAAGCUCUAUGUACAAUAGCUCGUGCCAUUUUUGAAAAAGCAAAACAUGAAUGUCUACAUGUUUAUGUGCACGAGGAAAAGCGCCAAAAGGUAUUUCUGGAUCCUGCCUCGGAACCUAUUUAAUUGGGACUCGCCCUUUUCUCAAUCGAUCAAUCACAAAACUAUCAAAUUCAUAAUCUUCAUUUAGAACUAAAGUCCUGCAAAUUUCGACAUUUCAGCACGUAGCCAACUCUAUGUUUAUUUACGAACAGAAUUAGUAAGAAUGCAAGGACGGAUGGGGGGGGGGGGGGCAACGGGGGCCAUGCCCCCACCCCCAAACGAACCCUUUUUUAAUUGACGUCGCAAUAAAGGCAGGCACUGCGUACACCACCAUCUUUUCCUCAAAAACAAUUUGGUUAAAGUGGUCAGACUACAAAGCAUCUAGAAUCAAAAAUUGUUCGGCCCCGAACUCCUCCUCGCCGUAAUUGUUUGGACCCACUUUUUGGGGGACCAAACUUUUUUUUGGCCUGCCAAAAAAAAUUGUGUUCUGGAUCCGCCCAUGUAAGAAUGUAGGCUUUCAGUAUGAGAACGAUGUGCCGUCGUUUGAUUAAAAAAAUAUUCAAAGAGCUUUGCCACUGUCCAACA